GAAGUGUUUAUGUGUGUGUAGUUGGGAGACUCCGUUGGACUGAAACAGUCUGAUUAGAAGCUCGGAGUGGAGAGGCAGAGACUGAAGAUUCAAAUGACAAACAUGGAUCCCUCUGAGGAGUUCAACUAUGACUACCAUGAAAACAUCAGCUUUAACUUCAGUUAUGAAGACUACCCCACCCCCUGUAGGAAGGGGGACAUCCGCUCUUUUGCAGCUGUCUUCCUCCCCAUCAUGUACACCAUGUGUCUGGUUGUGGGACUGGCAGGGAACGCCUUAGUCGUGGCGGUCUACGCCUACCACAAACGUCUCAAGACCAUGAUGGAUGUCUUCCUGACGCACCUGGCUGUGGCCGACCUGCUGCUGCUCUUCACACUGCCUUUCUGGGCUGCAGACGCAGCAAGGGGCUGGGAACUGGGUGAAGUCAUCUGUAAGAUUGUGUCAGCUUGCUAUACUGUCAACUUCACCUGCUGCAUGCUACUGCUGGCUUGCAUCAGCCUGGAUCGCUAUUUAGCGUUAGCUAGAGCGCAAAGGAGCGACCAAAGAGGGCGGCUGGGAAGGAUGUUCAGCCGGAGACACUGUUGGAAGGUGUGUUCUGUCGUCUGGAUGAUAGCUUUCUUCCUCGGUGUUCCUGAUUUGGUUCUUUCAGAAGUAAGAUGGAUGUCUGGCAGGAGCAUCUGUCUGGCUAUCUAUCCUCCAUCGAUGGCAGGAGGCGGGAAGGCUGCUCUGGAGAUAGUCGAGGUGCUGCUGGGGUUUCUUCUUCCUCUAAUCGUCAUGGUGAUCUGUUACUGCAGAGUGGGCUGGACACUGAAAGAACUUCCUAUUGAGAGCAGAGGAAAGAAGUGGAAAGCUCUGCGUGUUCUCCUCAUCGUAGUUGGAGUCUUCGUGGUCACUCAGCUGCCGUAUAACGUGUUGAAGGUGUAUCGAGCAAUGGACUCGGUCUACAUCUUGGUGACUCACUGUGGGACGAGUAAAUCAUUGGAUCAGGCUGCACAGGUAACGGAAGGUUUGGCCCUCACUCACUGCUGCCUUAAUCCCAUCCUCUAUGCCUUCAUGGGGUCAUCAUUCAGGCAGCACAUGAUGAAGGUGGCUAAGAAAAUUGGUGAGAGGAAGAGGAAGAGGAGGAGGGAAAAUCCAGCAGUGGAGGAGGGCAUAGAAAUGUCAUUUAAUACCCAAAAUGCAUCGCAAGAGACGAACACCUUUUCAAUAUGAAAUACCUAUAAUGCUGAAGUGUUAAUGAUCAGACACAUCUAAAAACAGAGCAUGUUUUCUCUUAUGGCCUCAGUUGAUUAAAAACCAGUUAAGACAGUAAUAUAGUCUGUCUGCUUGUACUUGAGCUACAAAGAAGGCUAGGUUUUCAUUUUUGCAAGCAUAAUAUUUCACAUAAAGUAAUCGAGCAAUCAAUUCUUUAAUCACUGACUUGAGCUGCAAAUAAAACAAGACUUAUGCCAUUUUCACACUUUCAACAGGAAAUUGCAAAAAAGAUGAUAGCCAAAAAAAUAAAAAAUAAAAACAGGAGAAAUCCAAGAUGAUGGAGGAAGUAACUGAAUCAGACGCUGUGAUGGUUCCAGGUUUGAGUGGUCUUUCGGAUAUGAUAUCUUAACAACUCUGUAAGGAAUUUUCUUUAACUUGAAAAAAUGUCCUCUCCAACUUGAGGAUAAGCUGGUUACAUUUUAGAUGUUUUGCUUUAACGAAACAUGUCAGUGUUGUUGACAAAUAUUGAGGCCUUGAUUUCAAACCUGAGCUUAAUAGGUUCAGGUUCACAGCAGGAGUAAAGAAAUUGCCAUUAAGUGUGUCUUCCUGUGGCCAGUAGGGGGCGCUUUGAUGAUAUGUUUGCAUGUUUAGUGUUUUACUGAUGUCUUGAAAGAAAAUUUUGCAAAACACGGAAUUAUAAAUACAAAAGUUAUUACCGGUUAAAGUCAUGUAGUACCAUAAAAGUCUUAUUUUGAAAUUAAUGCAAAGUAAGUGAACUUUCUGUCUGGAUUUUGUUGUUGUUCCAAGAGGCUUUUUUGCAGGUUUAGUGAUGAUACAUAUGCAGAGUCAAAAUCAUAAGCCUAGGUUGAAUGUUGUGUGGGUUAUUGUUUGAAGUGAUGUUCCUACAGUGAUGUGAUGUUCUUGAAAAAACAUCAUUUCUAACAUUGGGGCCAGAUUGUGGCCUCAUCCUAAAGCAAAAACUCAAGCUUCUGAUAACGUUCAUUUCCAACUUAUCCCGAAUCAGCAAAAAAAAAAAAUCUGGAGUAAGUCAGAUGCAAAUCCCUAGGAGGAGUUUUCUAAAAUGUACGGCCUGUAAAGUGUAGAAGAAAUGGCAAAAUUUGACAUAAAAAUUAAACCUACUGAACAAGGCAGAGAGGGAGAGCCAUCCCCGCUGCCAGAGGAAAGUGUCAUUCUGCUGGAAAAACUGACAUCUAAAGUUCGAUCUUUAAAUCAGUGGACAUUACUGCAAAACUGAUUAAGAUAUGACAUUCACAAGACAGACUGCAUCCAUACAGAUGGACAACUUGAGAGCAUAAUGCCUCCAGUCCUGGCUGUUGCCAGAACAUAAGCUUCGAAACACUAAAAGGAUGAGUCUAAUAAAAUAAUGGAUCAGUCUUGUAAAAGGACAAAGUCCAUUAAAUAAAUAAAACCCAAAAAGUAUUUUAUAAACCUGGAAGAGAAUAAAGUUUUGCAAACUUGUAAAAAAAAAGAAUCCAAACCAAUCUCGGUGAAAACUGAGAAAAUUGUCGUUUUAAAAGUAGGUUUCUACUUAAACUUAAAUUAUCUGGUUUUGGUUCAAAAAGGAAGAAACUGAAAUCCUCCCAGGAGUUUACAAGAAACACCUGACACCUUUCAGCUGUCCAAACAGCACAAAGAAUAUUAAAACUGAAUUUGAUACUCUGCCAGAAGCAAACAAAGAAAUGGAGCGAUAAAGAGAAACAGAAGUAGACCUACAGUAUGAGUGAAGCUGUCAGUGAAAUAAGUCUUGUUCUUCAGCAAACAUCUUUGUCACAGCUGGUUUGAAGAAAUCUAUUCAUCUAUAAGCUACACCAAUCCUCCUACCUUCUCUAACUGUAACAUUCCUAAAUAAAUCCUCCGUCAUCUCAGUGGUAUACAUCUGCUCAGGAUACAAACCAGGUGUACUACACAUGCCUGUACCUGUACCAUGAAGUGAGAAUGUAUUAUUUUAAUUUCCUCAUGUUGCUUUAGUUAAUGAUCAGAACUGUUCUUUCUCAGGGCAAAUGGACCUUACAUUUUCCAUGAAACCAAAGGAUAACUGGAUCAAACCAGGAAUCUUGGUCUAAAUGCAGUGUCACUUGAAGUCUUUUGCUUUUGUGCCUAAUCUACAACAGCUGAGAUUUACCUUCCUGUCAGGAGGGGAAAAGCCACACUUUAGUUGCUUCCACAUUCUCAGAACAUCUGAGAACAUUUACUGCAAACGUACUUCACAGUUUAACUCUGAGUCCUCAGCAAUGCCUGCACAAGCGACUGGAAAACAAGUUUUCAUGGGGUGAUGACAAACUAUUGGCAAGAAAUCUUUUGAUACGGUUGAAAUGAGGGAAUGUCAUUUUUAUGUCUGCAGCUAUCAUUAGGAUUGGCUAGCAAUCUUAGAUGACCUCAGGGCCCCAGGUCAGGCAGUGAGGUCAUGAGAGUCGGCUGUAGAAGUCCCCACUCUUCAGGUAUGCUGGUUGUUUCUUAAAAUCCCACAUAUUCUAGCUUUUAACACGGUACCGUACAGACAGAGUGACUCCAAGGGAGAUUAAAUACUUGGUUAGUUCAGAAGUGACAGGGUGAGCAUAUUACUGAACAUGCUAAAUGUUAAGAUUACACUGCAGGGAUAAAUAUACAAACAGCAGUGGGAUUCCUCAGAGAACUGGUAUUGGCACCCUGCUAUUCCAUGGCUGUUGAUGUCAUCUUUCACCUUGGCCAAAAACUGAGUAAACUGUGCAGCAUAAGCCAUCUGAGUGUCCUGUGUCUUCUUAUCUCAGUGUUUGAAUGAUUUCCACAUCAGUAUCUAACCAUUGCAAUUGUUCCUCUUUAACACCCUGUAAACCCAGAAAAAAACAUUGUUGGUAUCCACGUGCAGCCUCUUAAAGGGGGUGUUUUCACACAUUUAAACAAUGAGUCACACACUAAAAAACGUUGAUAAAUCAGUAAUGUUGUUUUUGAUUACCCUUCCCAAACUGGUUACAUCAUCUUGUUCAAAGGCAUCGGAUCUCAACCUUGGGAAUGGGACCCCCUCGAAGGGGUACAAGAGGUUUCAGAGGGAGUGUGAGGCCCUGUCUACUCUGAGGUUGUUCAAAUUAGAUUUACUUAUACUAACUUAAAAUACAGAUGUCUUUUGGUAAGAAUGCCUGUAUGUGGACCUAUUUUGUUUCGAUUUAAACUAUAAAAACUAUUCAAAUUUUUCUGUGUGAGUCCUAUGGGGCUUAAACUCUUCUUAGAUUCAGGAAGAAAGGUUGAAACCACUGUUGUUAAAGAAGCGAAAGAUAUGUUUUUACAUUUAGUAUCAUUCAAUAGCAAGGCAACUGAAAAAUCUUUAUCUAUACUGGUUUUAGAGAGGAGUCUUUAUUCAUCAACUGUCAAUGCCUCAUGAACUUGUUGGAGUCAGGUGUCAGAGAUUUAUUAAUACCUGCUGACACAACAGUGCUUUAAUUUAAGUUAAAUAAACAUUGAAAAAACGUAAGGAAAACUGUGCUUGAUAGAUUGUUGUAACAAUGCUUCUUGGCAAUCGGUCUUAUACCAUUGGACAGUCUGUUUAUAACCCUUUAAAAUGGUGCCACAUCUGUAAGAAGAAUGCAUUUGUGGGAGCAGAGCCACACAAGUGUAUGGGUUGUGCCAAGAAAAAUUUGCCAAAUCUUCUCUGCCAAGGCCAAAGAGUUUAUUCUGCUAUUGCUAUUGAGCUUCUGGUACCAGUAUGUGCAGCAAUGAGUCCAGAUUCUGCCUAAGGCAGUUGGAUCGUAGGGUCAAAGUGCGGAGAAGAAUGCUAUACUGUUUGCUACACAGAACAUAUUUUGAUUGAGGCAGUGUGAUGGUGUAGGGCAACAUCUCCCUCACUGGAUAAACCAGGUUUGUCAUCAUUGGAGGCAAUCUCAAUGCAGAGAGAUGAGAUUCUUGAGUGUGAUGAUCGUGCCAGCGUGACUAACAUAACCACAUUGGCUAACUUUCGACCAAUACUGGUUGAACAAUGGGAUGUCAUCCCACAGCAGUGUGCAGCUGAGGACGAAGUGCUAGGCUGUUGUGGCUGUGUUUGGUUCUUCCACACACUACUGAGGCUCCUGUUUUUUUACUUAAUUAUUAAAUUGUCAAUAUGUUUUGUUUCUUCAAUCAUCCAAUCCACUAAACAACACCAAACAGGAAUCAAUUGCAGAAUAAGCUGUUUGGCACUUGGCAGAGAAGAUCUGGCAAAUUUUUCAUGGGCACAAUCCACACACUCAGCUCUGCUGCUCAUCCUGCAAAUGCGGCACCUUUAAAAGGGAAAUUAACAGGCUUUCCAGCGGUACAAGAUUUAUUGCCAAGAAGCGUUGUUACAACAAAGGAAUAGUUUACCAAACACAAGUUUCAAUACUUUUUGUACCAGGUUUAUAUUUGAGGCUAUAAUUGGCUUAAUUCUCAUUUAAUGUCUUAAUUCUGAUGUUAAAAGGGCGUCCCGACUACACCAACAUCUCAGGCUUGCUAUUUGUUAUCCAAGAUUACUGAUUGGAGGAAAUUAGUGUGUUGUCUUGUAAGUCAUAUCAGAUAUUGGACAAAGACUGUCAUUACUUGUGAUCUGCACAAGUGUGAUGUACAGUUGCUAGAAAAAGUAUGUGAACCCUUUGA